UAUGCAAAACAUGGCUACUUAUAGAACAAUAAAAUACUGCCGGCAUUAACCUUGAAGGUCUUCAUUAGGGUACAACAUUCUGGACAAAGAUCAAGCAAACAUUUUGUAGACUUGGCAAGGGGCGUCAACCAAUCUUGAUUGAGUGGAUGCAGGUGGAGAUGUCAGUGAAUCCCAUGUGGGAGAUGACACGUCUUCUCUAAGUGGAGGUGUCUGCAGACCGCCUGUAGGGGCUGCAUCUCAGCCAUCUCAGGUGGCCUGGAAACCCCCAUCUGCCCCUGCAACACACACUGAAGGCAACAGUUUUAUUUUUGGAGUGGCCACGGGCACUGUGGCUCGCUCCCUAAGGCUUCAGUUCACUUCAGGAUGAGUCGGCCAUGUGGCACCCUGAUCAGGGAUUAACAAGCAGAGAGCAGUUUGUCCCGACAGCCGCUCGCCGAAGCCUGCCCAGCAAAACACAAGCAACACCUAUUUCCAUAUCAGGAAUCUGAAAUGCUGAUGGAAGUAAGCUAUAGUAAUGGGCUGGAUCCUGACCUUUCCCAGCAUUAUCCUCCGCCCUUACUGCCAAAGCCAGGCAAAGACAAUGCGAGGCUUCAGAAACUCAAGAAAAAACGAGCCAAGAAAAAAGGCAGCCUAUCUCAGACGCCUAUCCCAUUUCGCUCCUGUUUGUCACCUGUCAACGAAGCUAGCACGGACCUUGAGCACAGUGACCAGUCCAGCCCGCCCAGGACACCAGAGUCAGUCUACAUUGCGGACCCUUCAGUGUCUAGUUUUCCCUUUAGCUCCCUCUCUGAUCACUCUGCAUCUGCAUUCCCUCAUCCACGGAGCAGCCCAAACAGCCAAACUGGCAGCUUCCCCCCUCAGUCCUACAAUGCUCAGAUCAGAACUUCUGAGGAGCAGGUGGCUCCACUCUAUGAGUGCUCCUCGUUUUUAUUCGAUGAUGUGACUCCUUUCAUGAUGCCACAUUCGGCUUCACAACCCCCGUCACCACCUGAGCAACUUCCUGCACCACCUCUUUCUUCUGCUCUCAGUUUAAACAUGACACCAAAUUCCCAUGGGUCAGUCACAACAGUCGCUCCAGCCUCUAUGUCGCAGUCCAGCACUAAAAUAUCAACGCAUAGCCUAACCCUAUCCCCGGCCGCCCCCAACUUUGGCCCGGGCAUGCCACCUUCUCAAGUUUCAGACCUACCUCCUGUUCCACUGCUGCUAUCAGUUUCAAACACUCAGACACAACCUUUUAUUCCCAGCCAGAGGGAGACAAACACCAGUUCAAAAGACUACCCUCAGAGCCAGGCAUCAUCUUGGACUGCCAGACCUAGCAGUAAUGGCAACUUCAUUCCAUGCCAGAUGACCUCUGAGAUAACCGCCUCAAAAAUAUCACUUGUUGAAGCAGUGAAAGAGACAAGGCCCGACACAGCACAAACUAGGAUUUAUACUUCAAAGGCAACAUUUUAUGAGAUCUCUAAACCUCCCUCAAUCCAGGACCUGACAUUAAUAAGUGCAACCAACCAGGGUGUAAUGGUAUCAGCUGUAUCCAGGGAGAAAACGGCUGUGUCAGUGGUGAAAACUGAUCAGAAACUGUCGGUGGCGUGGUCCCAAUCUGGACGACCCAAGACUCCCUCUUGCACACCAGCUAGAGUAUCCACACCUUUUAUUGAAAUAUCCAAACCUAACCCGCUCUUAUUUGCUGCAAGUCCUGCUUUCAACUCUUCUCAGGAGUUACAAUCUGCGAUUCUCAACAAGGCGUCAAGAUGCAAUGAAGCUCCAAGACACAACGAAAACUCAGCCAGUCAAACUAUUGGCAUAAGUAAACCUCCUGCUGCUACAAAAGAACUGCAGGUGACUGAUGAUAUUCAACAGAACGCAGUCAUACAAGACAGCAAUUAUAAAGAUAUAGAGAUUCAAAAUAUACAAAGAACAAAAACUACUGAGCAAUACCCCAGAGAGAAUUUGGCAUUGAGUAUGCCUGCAUCAGACUCUGCUGUGGUUAAACCAACACUUAGGGAACCAAUCAUCCCAAAACUACAUACUGACCAAGUUUUGGAGAGUCAAGUUUCCUCUUUGCCAAAGGUUCCAUCAUUUUUCUCCCCUGCACCAAAUAAUUUAAACCCUGCACCAGUGAUUUCUAUGCAAGCACCACUAAGUUCAAGCCCCCUGCCAUCCAUAUACCAUCACCCUGUGAAUGAGGCCCGCAAGUCAUUGUCGUCACUACUGGAGACUCAAAUGACAUUAGCGGCCUCAAAGCCCAAAUCACGAUCAAUGUACUAUGGGCUUACUCCAGCUCAAUAUACCGCCUACGGUGGGAUUAAGACUACGUCAUUACAUCAGAGCCCUGCACCCGCAAGGGUUGAUGAAAGAUCUUCAAACAAAACGCGGUCGGAUCUAGCUGUAGAUGGAUCACAUGUCUCCAAGUCUGAUGAAACAGAACAACUAAAUGGAAACCCAGAUCUUCCCCCUUCGAUGGAGGUUUCCGCGGAUCAAAAUACACAGCCACAAUCAACUCCAAGGGAUUCUGAAGGGAUUGUCACAUGUAGCAAAGAUGUGUUUGAGGAAAGUCGGUCUGAAGCUCACAGUAUUGGAAUACAGUCACUCAAAACUUGUAGCAUGGACACAAUAAAACCUGAGCUUCCCCUUGGCUUGGCAGAGAAAACAAUUCAGCAGUCCACAAGUGAAGUAUCUGCAUCAAAAGCCUCAUACACUGAGGCUCCAAUACCUAAAGCAGGUGAGGUACACGCACAAAGUGCGGCACUUUUUUCUAUAGAGGCAGCGCUAAAUACGACUCCAUGUCUGGCUGAUAGCAGUGGUCUGUCAAGCUUUUCCUUACCUUUAGUGAGAGUAGAUUCAAAUACAGAAACACGGCAAAAAAGUGCAAAAGACAAGAAUGUCAGGGAGAAAGGUGACAGUCAUGAGAAAACAUCUACGAAAGGUGAUUCCAAGGACACAAAGUCAGGACAAAUAGAGAUAGCGCCAGUGAAGUCUUACCAAACUGCUGGUGGAGUCCCUCCAUCACUACCCACCGAGCCUGUUACAGACCUAGCUGACUGUAAAAACCUGAUUAAUCAAUCCCUGUUCACAGAAUUAGAGCCCAAAAUCUCAGGCAGGGCCAUUGUGAAUGGUGCAUCCUUCAUAGAAAAUCAACAAGCCACCAAAUUGGCCACUGAAACUGUUUUACAUAAGCAAAGGGAUGAAGUUAACCAGAAUAUAAAUAUAAGCAGUGGGUUUCCUCUACCAAGUAAAACAAACAUAGGGAACAUUUUGUCUUCCGUGGCAGCUAAUACAGAACAUAUCCCUGACAAAACAAACACUGAGACCCAAUAUUCAAAUAUAUUCUCUAAAGAAUCAAUUAAUGCUACCACAGGAUCUGUUUUGCUCCAUCAGCCAGUCACGGCAUCUGUUUGUUCUGCAAAGCACAAUAUCUGCACAGCAUCCCUCCAAAGCACAAACAUAACACAACAUCUCAGUGCAGAAAUAAACAUUCAUGGAAAUAAUAAAAUAGUAGAAAACAAGAUCCCUUUGCUGAGAGAAAGUCUGCCUUUGAAAUCAUCACAAGCGCCAACAGUACUCAAUAUGCCUGCUUUUGAUACUAACCCACCAAAACCCACCACAGAAACCAAACUGCCUGACCAAUCUGUCUCCACAAACAUUUCAGAUAUUGGAUUCCCUGAUAGGGGCUCUAGUGUGCCCCAAAAGCUAACCACAGCUGGUGAAAAUGUGCUUCCAAAGACAUCGCCAAGCAUAGGAGUGAGUGGCCAAGAAAAAGUUGUUCAAGUGGAAAGUUUCUACACCAGUUCAAGCAGAACUACCACAGAGGCCACACAAGUAACUGAAACAAAUCUCAACAUCGCUGCAAAAGACACACAACUGUUACGCAAAGUUAAUGUAGAACCCCAAACCACCACUAACAGAAUCAGCAACUCGACAGUAGACGCAGAAUUGCAUGAAAAACCCUACAGGACAACACCAAUGCAGUCUCUUGCAUCAAUGCAUCUUCCCACUAAACCUGUUAGAGCAGAAAACAUUCAAACAAAAUGCGCUAUUGAAACGAGACCAGCUUCUGAUCCUGCAAAAGGACACGUGGCACUAAACACACCGAGCAGUGAAACCAAACUGUCCAAAAAACCAUCUGAAGGAUCGCUUACUGUCAGUAAGUCUUUGGCGGACACAGUCUCACCCAGACAACCUGGAAGUGUAGUGGCUAUUCAGCAAAGCAGACCUUUUGAAAUGGCAAACUCAAACAAACAAAAUGUAGGCAGCGAUGUUCCUCAUGCAGAAGUUACUUUGCCGGCAAUGACCAGCCCAGCAGCAAGCAUCAAACAACCUUUAAACACUGUGCAGAUGAUUAAAAGUCCUGUGCCGUCAAGCCCCAUCAUGAGACGUGUCAUACCAAAAAGCCCUCAGCUGAGAUUAGACAGACCCGAAAGUCGAUCUGCAACCAAACCAGGUACUGAUGCAAAACCUGUUUAUGGCUCUGUUCCUCAAACAGGAAUCUACACAAACUCAGAGGCACCAAUUGCCAGCCUUCUUGCUGAGCUCAGAUCUUCUGCACCACAAAAUACGAAUGACACCGCCACCGUUAAAGAGCAAUCUCCUUUGAUUCAGCCAAUAAUAGUCAAUAAACCUUUAACAAGUCCCCCUGCAAGACCUAAAAAUCCUGUAACAUCUAGAACGGAGAUGACAACUUCCACUGUAUCUGGUGCUGCCAUGGCUAACAUAUCUAGUAUCACUGUAGAACAGCAAACAGUUGCACGUCAAAUCACAUCUGGAGACGUUAAAGCAGCUGUGAAUUCAUUGAGCUCUCUGACUGAAGUCAAACAGUUUAGGCAAUCUGUCACUGAAACACAGAAAUCUAUAGAAACUAACUUUCAGACUGUAAAUACUCAAACCGUCUCGCACACUGUUACAAAUAUUCAUCCGCCUGCUGAAGCCACCAGAGAUUCAAGAGCCCAACCUAGCCCUCCUAUAGUAAGAUCCUCCCCUCUACCAGAGCCAAGAGUGCGUAAUACACCUACCUAUCAAACAUAUACUCCAACCUUGCCCCAGUCCCCUCAAACUCCUGUCUCUGUGAACUAUGCUAUUGAAACGAAACCCUUGUCAGUCAUAGUGAAAGACCAGACAAAACCUCCAGUUAUUCCUGUUCGAAAUCAUACUCCUACUAGUGCUACUCAGCCGUCCGCUAACUUGAUCAAAGAGAAUAUCUCAAAACCAGAAAUAAAAGUACUUACAGUAAAGGACACUUCAGUCGUGACAAACGGUGCUGAAGUCAAAAUACAUUCCCAAACAAACACGAUAAAAACAAACCUGGCAGCGAAUUCGAUGAAGAAAGAAAAAGUCUCCCCAGUGAACACUGAAACUAAUGCUCCCACUCAUUCUCCUGAUCCUGUUUCAACCAGUAAACCCACUCUAAAAUUGCAACCUCCUACUAAGCAGGUAGAACCAAGGCCCCCCUCUGCCACUGUAGAAACAAAACCUUUAGUUAUGCAAAACGACCCAAGGUCUCCACCCAGUCCCAUCCAGAUUAGUCCACACAUCAGUAAUGUUCAGCCGUCGAAAGAGCCACCAGUAGAGAACAUUUCCCCUGAAAAGCCAGCAACAGAUACAGACAUGAAACCAUCCGUAGUUAAAGCCGCUGUGAUUGACUCUGCCACUCCUGCCUCUCUGCCUCAGGCCUCAGUCUCAGUCAAAGCUCCAUCACCAAAAAGAGGAACAUCACCACCAUCUCAGCAAAAAACUGGACUCAAAGACAAGGAUGUUCCGAGGACCAAAACUACAGCUGCACCGAAGGAAGCCCCGGCGGUCGAAUCCUCCAGGAAGUCAACGACAUCGACUGCAUCUUCAACUGACGAGAAGCCUAUUAAAGCAGAAACGUCCCCUUCAUCUGCUGAGCCCAAAGCAGCCCAGAAGCUGAAAGGCCUCAAGGGUAAGCUCAGCGGAUGGACAAGGCUCAAGAAACACAUGGUCGUUGAGCCAGAGGAGCCAGAGUUUCCACAGCCGGAGGCCAAAUCUCAGGCUGAGUCCAGUGGCGGCGACGAGAAAACAGAUCGUAGUUGUAAUGAUGAUAAACCACCUGCAGACCAAUGUGCCAAUCAGGAGGGAGUCGUGAACAAACAAGGUCCCAAGGCGUUGAAAAUGUGGGACGCCCUCCUCUUUCAGAUGUUCUCUACCAAAGAAAGAAUCAUGCAGCAGAUCAACUCCACCAAGAAAGAUUCUGAUGACAAAAAGGCCUCGAAAGACAAUCCCCCUAAAGACAAUCAAGCCGAUGUUCCCGCUUUUGUCAGUCGCCUGCCAGUUUUGCUGUAUAGCCCCCGUUUUGAUGCAAGGAAACUUAAAGAGGCGGCAGAGAAGCCGCUCACGAAAAUAGCCGCAGUGUUUGAAAGGGGGCUGAUAAAACGCAAAGGUCAGGAAGAAGAACAGAAGGACUUUAACAGAAAAGCCAGAGGGUUUGGUUCGAAAAAAAAAUGAUAAAUAACUAGAACUGAUGCAAGAAUAUGUUGAGAUGUGGGCAGUUUCUCUAAUUGAUUACAAAACAGACGGAUCUCUGGUAGGUGAGGGAGCCUCUGAGAAAAGCAAUCAUGCAAAGAGAAUCUAGAAGAAAAUAUGUGUCAAAAAUAUCAAACCAUUUGAGGAUUUCUGCAAUAGCUUAAGUUGUUUUAUAAGUCAAGGCUGCAAUGAGGAGGUAGACUACUGGGGACUACAGCUCAACUGCUGUCUACCUGAGUCAAUACUGGAGCUACAAGUUUGCCAUGGUUUAAAAUUUAACCUGGGAAAGCAAAGACAGAAAAUUCAUCCCUAUGUCAAAUAAGGGCUUGUAUUUCUGACAUUUUCAUCAGUUUAUCCAGUGCAUAGUUUAGUUGUUGCAGAUUUUCAGGGUAAAAAUAAUAAGGUAAUACAGGUUUUUGCACUUUUUAAUCAAAUCAAAUAAGGAUGGUAAUGGGAAAAAAAUAUGCAAAGAAAGAAAGGAUCAUCAGAUAAUCUGAAACUGUACUUUGACGGAUUUGUCUUUUUUCUUUCACUGUAGUGUUGGAUGCAUGCGCUGUAGAUACUUUGAAAGAUGAAAGAUGGUUUCAUUUGUUAUGCUGUACUUUUUUUUCUAUUUUUCUAAACAAAGGCUUUUAGUGUAGACCGCUGGUAGGGAGUUUUUAAUCGCUGUGAUAAAUAGGGCUUUUACAUUCCUGGAUCAACAGGGCAGAUGGAUCUCGAAAGAAAGAGAACAGAGAUGAAUGACGGCUGAAGGUCAAGUCAGAUCAGAUUUAGGUUUCUGCAAGUCAGGUAUAGAUAGAAAACAAAGCGGUGGAUGUCCAGGCUUUCAAUCAAGGCAGGAAACUACAGUCACACAGGCUGGUACGUCUCGGGGCGGAACAAUACCAUGACGACUAAAGAUCUCCAUCUGAUGUCGAUAUAUAUAACUGAAUGUCAGCUUAGGCAAAUGUGUGCUUUGGUGAGGUUUGUAUUUUUUUUCCAUUAAAGCGGCUCUUGGGAUAGUAAUGUUGGGUCUGUCUGCCAGCUGGUUUGCAACUUUGGUCCCGACUUAAAUUUCUCAACAACUAUUGAAUCAAUUUGUUUAAAUUUGUCAAAUACUUUAUUGUAUAACUACCUGUGACAUGAGCGACAUUCCCAGCAGCCUCAGCUGCGCUUAAAAUUUGGCACCAACUAGCAAAUGUUGGCAUGCUAACAUGCUAGACUAGGAUUGUCACAGUGGGACUAUUAGCGUUAAGCUCAAAGCCCUGAGCUGGUAGCAUGGCUUUUGAUGUUUAGUCUUGUUUCCAUUCAACCUGGUAUCACCCCAAAACAUGUAGUCCGGUGUGUCAGUCACGUUUGGCCUCACUUGCCCACAAAAGCAACGUAGUCUAAUUUUAUGGUCCCUGAACCAGAAUCCUGUUUUAUUAUAUCACUGGUGUUGCGCGUCUAGGAAGAUACACUUUACACUGAAACAUCCAACAACAAAUAAACUUGUCGACCUUGCCGGUGUAGUGUUUUCCUGCCUUGUGGUGAAUCGUCCAGGACUUCUGAACAAUAUUAGUGAGUUUGUAAGUUGGAUGUAGAGGGGAGAACAAUUGAAUGAUGAUGAUGAUGAUGAUGAUGAAGCUUGCUGCAGUAAGCCAGAAUGGAGAAAGUUUGAGUGAUAGCUGGAGAAGAAGGACAGAUAUUAGUUGAUGAGUGUGAAGUUUCACAGCUUUGGAGCAUUUUGGUGCUGCUGUGGCAGAUAUUAGCAUGUUGUUGUUUUGUCUGUAUGUAGGAUUUUAAAAAAUCUGUUGUUUCCCCAAGAUGACUGUACCGAUGUGGAUUUUAUUUUAGAGGAGGGGAGCCUUACCCCUGUAAGCUAACCACAGCCUGAUUCAGUACUGUACGCAGAUGCUUAAACUGACAUGUUUUUGUUUACUGUGUGAUUCUCAAAAACUCAUAAAGCUGAAUAUGAAACUUG